GAUUCCUCGUUAGCUCGAAUGGAAAUGUCCGUCGUCCGGCUCAUUUUUUUUAAUUUGUCGUCCGUUCGUAAGGAAGUUAUCUCUCCAGCGAAACUUUAUAAUUGUCGGUUAAUACGAUUCGGGCCGCAGCCACGUUCCCCUCCGACAAAGAAACAGGGCCGACGCUUUCGGUACCGUGGAUGUGAAAUGUCCAUUUAUGCAAUGGACGCCGUUUGCGUGAACACCGGUUUAGCCAUCGAAGAUGGAUGGAGACGGUGCCACGACCGAUGCCUCUCAGCUGGGCAUGGCUGGGGAGUACAUCCCAUCCGCUCACUAUGUGCUGCAGCAAGAUGAGGACCCAGAUGAAAAUAUGAACGACCACGACGACGGUGGCAUAAAGGAGAAUUACAGGGAGCAGGACAUUUAUCUUCCCAUCGCCAACGUGGCUCGAAUAAUGAAAAACGCCGUCCCGCAAACUGGAAAGAUUGCGAAGGACGCCAAGGAGUGCGUGCAGGAGUGCGUGAGCGAGUUCAUCAGCUUCAUCACGAGCGAGGCGAGCGAGCGCUGCCACCAGGAGAAGCGCAAGACCAUUAACGGCGAGGACAUCCUGUUCGCCAUGUCCACGCUGGGCUUCGACAUGUACGUGGAGCCACUCAAGCUCUACUUGCAGAAGUUCCGAGAGGCAAUGAAAGGGGAGAAAGGCAUGCCUGGUGUGUCUGUGGGCGAAAGCCUAGGGGAGGAGCUCACGGACGAGAGCUUCACAAACCCUCUCCCAGCAGGAAUUAUAACAGCGGAUGGUCAGCAGCAGAACGUCAUGGUGUACACCACCUCAUAUCAACAGAUUCCCACCGUACAGCAGAUACAGUUUUCAUGACAAGGCCUCACCUUCAGCGUGAAAACUCGAGCUGCGCUCGCUGGAUGAACGUCCGAACUUGGCGCGGGUGGAAAAGAGGCCAUCAAGGAGAAGGACCGGGUGCUUGCGUCCGCUGGGCACCCUCCAUGUACAGACAAAAUCACCUGUUGAGUAGAAAGUAGUUUCUAGUCCCGCUUAAUUUGCGUCACAUGAACAAAGGUCCAUCUGUGUAGUUGUGUGGUACCAAAUGUGUAGGAUUUUUAACCAAACUUCCUGGACAAGUUGUUUUUCAUUUGAAAGGUUUAUCUUGAUGUGAUGUAAUUAGUGAUCAAGCAAUAGCGUGUCUGCUUUGAUGAUGUUUUUUUUUUUUUGUAAAUUCACCCAGUUUAUGUGCUUGUGUUUCACAAUUCAUUGGAAUACAAUCAGUUGUGAUGUGUGUAAAGUUAACAGUAUUUUUUAUUUAUAGAACAAACCUGCCCAAUGAAAUGGAACCUGAAUA